UGUAGCCAAAUAGCAGCAGAAGACGCGAGCGCUAUGUGUGCGCCUAGUAACAUCAAAAAAUCUCCCCGUUGUUCUCAACUGCCGUUGAUUUAUAUUCUUUGUUGUGAUAUUCUUUAAAAUUUCGUUAACGCCCAAUUUCGGAAAAAUUUGUAGUGUUUAUCUAAAGUGUUUUUGGUGAUUGCUCGCAUAUUUUGUCCCCCUAUUGGAGGUGGUUUAAAAAGCUGUGCUUGCUCGCGCGUACAAUCGGUACUUGUGUCACGUGGUGGCCACCCACGUUUCAGAUUGUGGGUAAACAAGGAGGAUAGAAAAUAUUUGUGCGUGUUGCGGGGAGCGGCAAAGUACAGUGAUCGGGCGAGUAUACACGUUCGUCGUCGUUUGCUUUGGUGCGGUGUGUUGUUAGGGCCGGCCAUAACCGUGUUGUGUACGGAAAAUUUCGUCUCUUCACUCGACCACGAUGUCCACGUAUUCUCGCACGCAAGAAAGCGACGCGUGGGCGCUUUUGGCACUCAAAUCCGCGCCGGCGAGUCCUUUUUCCAAGGGAACACCCAUCGCAAGACUCGAGGGUCGUGAAUUUGAGUAUAUGGUACGCCAGCGACGUAUCACCAUCGGAAGAAAUAGCAGUAAAGGCCAAGUCGACGUCAAUGUGGGCCAUUCUAAUUUCAUCUCCAGGCGGCACCUAGAAGUUUUUUUUGAUCAUCCGUACUUCUUUAUGACCUGCAAUGGCAAAAACGGAGUUUUCGUCGAUGGGGUUUUCCAACGUAAAGGAGCACCCGCUUUUCAACUGCCAAAGACGUGCACAUUCAGAUUUCCGAGUACAAAUAUAAGGCUCGUGUUUCAAUCGUUAGUUGAUGAACAGGAACAAGGGAAUGUUCGUGUGCCUUCACCGCCAAGGCAGAGAGCACCUUUGCCACCAUUACGUAUUAAUAUUCCUGACACCGGAUACAGUAGCCCAUUUCCAUCACCCACGGGGACAAUUAGCGCGGCAAAUUCCUGUCCAGCGAGUCCGCGCGCUGGCCAAGGGAGACGAAAUAUAUCGGCGGACUUGCAAAUGGUCGCUGCAUAUGCAGCGGCUGUUGCAAAUGAUCCACAAAAUUCAACAAACGAGAGACACGAUGGACAUGGAGGAGGUGGUGGAGGUGGCGGUGGACAAAGUACAAGUCGAAUGAUGAGUCCAGAACCAGGAACUGAAUCACGUUAUCGCGGUGGAAAUAAUUCUGGUGCUAAUGGAACGUCAGCACGUUAUAGUCCACCAAAAGAUGAAUCAAAACCACCUUAUUCUUAUGCCCAACUUAUUGUUCAAGCAAUUGCAUCGGCACAGGAUAAACAAUUGACAUUGUCUGGCAUUUAUUCAUAUAUCACCAAGAAUUAUCCAUAUUAUCGAACAGCCGAUAAAGGUUGGCAAAAUUCAAUUAGACAUAAUCUAUCAUUGAAUCGAUAUUUUAUUAAAGUACCAAGAAGUCAAGAGGAACCUGGCAAGGGUUCAUUUUGGAGGAUAGAUCCACAAUCAGAGGCGAAACUUAUUGAACAGGCAUUUCGACGUAGGAGACAACGUGGUGUUCCUUGCUUUAGAGCACCAUUUGGACUUUCUUCGAGGAGUGCACCAGCAUCACCAUCUCACGGUGGAAUCAGUGGCUUGAUGACACCAGAGUGUUUAAGUAGAGAGGGUUCACCUGGUCCAGAAUCAUAUCCGGAUAGCUCUGUUCCUUCUCCAGCUGGACAACUCACAAGUCAAUCAGCUCCAGGAUCACCGGGACAUCCUUAUGCUCCACCUCCUCACAAGGGUCGUCUUAUGCAACAAAUUACAGUUGUUACUAAUGGUGUCAAUAACGAUUCAGCAAGAGAAGAUAAAUAUUUGGUGCCUGGGACCGUAGUGGAGGAACAUUCUUUGUCUCCGUCUGGACAAUAUAGUCCAGCGCCUGUUAUUGUACAAACGACUUAUAAUUACAGUGGGAGCUUUAUUGGCCCUGAAUCAGGUGUUGGGGUGGUUAAACGUGCUCAUGAAGAACCUGACAGCUCGCCAGGUUCACCGGCUCCACUUGCCAUUGUUGAAAGUCCUGAACCACCUGAACAUCAACAGUCGCAGCCGAAACGCCAACGCGUUCACGACUCAGAUGAUCAUUGAAUUAUCUAGAACCUUUUCUAUGUAGGAUAUUGUUAUAUUAAUUCACGUGUCGUUAGAUGAUUCGCCCAUUUCUUCUUCCACUUUAAUCAAGUGUGUAUAUAUUACAUAUAUAUAUAUAAUUAAUUUUUUUUUUGUUGUCAAAAAUACAAAAAAAAAAAUUCUUUUUUCGUAGAAAAUUACUUUAAAUGUCUUAUUUCAUUUUGAAAGAAAAGAAAUUAAAUUGAAGAAAUUGAGUUUUCUAAAAAAAAAAAAAAAAUAUUUGUAGAAAUUUAAAGUUUAUAAAACUUUUUUAGUUCUUAAAAUAUAUUUUCCUAUUAAAUGCGGGUUUAAAAAAAAAAAUAAGAUUGGCUUUCAUUUUCUUUUUGGAAGAAGAGCGGCUAAUACAUCUGAGAUUUGCGUAGAGUCCUUAACCCACAAUUUAUUCUCUGCAAAAACGAUCAAGUUGUUGUUACAUAAAAAAAAUUAUAACUGCUGAAACCGGUUGCGUGUGCUUGUAAUGUUUAUUGAAAAAUAUUUUCAACACUCAAAGUUAUAUACAGACUUUACAUCGAGCUCUCAUAUCCCCCCCCCCUCUUCUCACCCCCUACCCUCCCAAAGUCAAUUUUCUGUCGUUGAGUUGGUCGAUAAAAGAAAACAAUUUUUAUCCCUAGAUUAUUAGUGAUUAGAUAUUAAUUUUGAGACUUGAAUUAAAUCUUGUCAAACAACAGUGAGAACGCAAUUAUAAUAUGUGCAUGGCGAAUUUUUUUUUUGUUUUUUUUUUUUCAUAGCGAUUCAUCAAAUUUUUUUUUCUGUUAGUUUGUUCUAAUUUAUCUAGAUUAACUAACGUACAAUUCGUAGAUGCUUUUUCAAUAUUAUUGGCAUUUCGGGAUUCUCAAAAAAUGUCAGUGGACAUUUUCAUUUUGAAUUGAAAAUAGACAAAAGUUUUUGAAUAGAAAAAAAAACUUUUCUCUCCUCUUUAAAGAAAAAGAUAUUUUUCUUAUUUAAGAAAUACAUAUUUUUCUUCAUCUCUAAUUGUUUUUUAAAUGAAACAAUUCUUUUUCUCAACAAAAAAAUGUCUGAUUCAAAAUAAAAAAAAUUGACAAUUUUUGAUAAACAACUAUUUCUAGUUAAAGAAUUUUUUCUUUUGAAAAUUUUCCAUAAAAAAAGUAAUUUCUUAUUCGAUUACUAUAUUGAGAAUAAGAUUUCCCGUAUUAUUGCCAAAUACUUUCAUAAUGUGCCUGUCUACUCAGCAAAAUGAAAAUAAAAAUUUAUUUCUCUUUAUGACGAUUUGAAAAGAACGUUAUAUUUAUUUUUAUUUCUCUUGAAAAGAGUUUAAAAAAAUAUAUAGUUUUUAGUAGUGAGUUAAGAGAUUUUAUUUUUCUCUUUUUUUAACAAAAAAAAAAAAAAAAAAAAAAAACACUAUUAAUAUAAAAAUUAAAAAAAAAUCGUAGAGAAUAAAAGAUAUAUUUUGUAUUUCUCAGACAAAAUAAACCGCUGAGUCGACUUUUAACAAUGAUGCGAAUCACAUUUUCGAAUGUAAUAAUGUUUAAUCGUAAAAAAAACACCAAAACGCUGUUUAUAUAUGUUUAGGUAAACAUCCACCUAGACUUAAACAAUUUAUGUUCUUAUAGAAAAAAAUAUGUAAGUCUGACACACACACAUACACACGUAGGAAUUUAAAAAAGAAAAUAAUUUGCUUUUACGACGUAUCUCACCCAGUGUUCUAGUUUCUCCUUACGCGCUAAAUUUGUCGAAUUUAAUUGACACAUUUUUUUAUUUUUUUUUGACAACAUAGUCAAAAAAAAAAAAAAAAAAAAAAAAAAAUGUGGAAAAUUUAUUGUGAUUGACAUACCUAUAUAUAUACUUAUAUAAAUAUACGGGAAUGAAAAAUUUUGUAAUUUUUUCUGCCGAGUAAAUAUUAUUAUUUGUUUUAUAAAAGAAAAUAUCUUUUUUUUCUAUAUUUAUUUAAAUUAUUGUCUAUUCAAUUUUUACACAAUUGAUCCAAUUUUUUAAUUAUAUUGUAAGAUUUUUUGUCCCUCUCCAAACCUUAGGGAAGAAAAAAAUGUUUGAAGAUCAUACAAAAAAAAAGCUUUAAUUUUAUUAAGUUUUUAAUUAAAUUUAUUCUUAAACAAAUGCUUAUUAUUUGGCAGAAAAUAAUUAUUUUUUUUUUUUAAAUUAUUCAUAAACACGAGAGUUUGUCAUGGCCGGAAAUGAAAGAAUAAACGAAAAGAAAAAAAAAUGGAUUAAAAGGAUAAAAAGAAAGAAUUAAUUUUUAAAUCCUUCUCCAAGAGAUACGAUUUAAUUAAAAAAUUUAAUCUCUCGUUCGAAAUUUCAACUUCUGACCAAAGUCCUGAAACCCCGGUCCCGAUGUUGUUUUUUUUCAAAUAUUUCUUAAUUGUACUAUAUAGAGCUAAAUAAAAAAAAUAUAUAUACAUACGCAUUCGUCUGUGUAUGUAUCAAUGAUUAUAUAUAAAUAUAUUAUAUAUUAAAAAAAUAUAUAUUAUGAAUAUUAGGUUUAAAAAAAAAAAUAGAGAGCUCCAAGUGCGCCUCUUAGGUCCCGAGAGAGAAAAAGAGAGUAGAGGAAAAAAAAUAAGAGAGAGAUGAAAAAAACGGAAGUUUCCAGUUCCGUACCCUUUUCUCUUCUCCCCCUAUAAUGCCCCCCUCCCCCUUCAAUCACCCCAACCCACACUUCCUGAAUCACGGGAAGACCUCAGGAAGCGAUAUUUAAAAUAUGAGCGACGUGUUAUCGUUUAUUAUAAUAUUAUGUUUUUUCGCAGGCAAACAGGCCUUGAUCGAGUUUUUUUUUAUAGAAAAAUUUAUAAUGCGCUAAGCGAUCUAUAUUUUUGUGACGGCAUAAAAAAAAUGAAAAGAAUGGAAAGAGCGCACGAUUAAGCGCAAAUUGUAUAAUUAUCUAAAGUCUAAUAAUUUAUGUUAAUUGUGUAGCGUGUAAGGAUUGGCUGCUGAUUAAUGAUCUCCGAUUAUGUUUUUUUUUUUUUUUUUUUAAGAAUCGAAGCCAAUCGGUGUCGAUCAACCCAUUUUUACAAAAAAAAAAAAAAAUCCUUAAAAGUCGUUUACUUAUUUUUUUUAUUUAACAUUUCUAAUCAGAAAAAAGCUGAACAAAAAAUUAAAGUAAAAGAAAGAUUAUUAAAAAAAAGAAGGAAGGAAAGAAAAAAUAUAUUAAGAAAGCCAAAAGAAUAAAGAACGAAAGAAAAACGAAAGGUAGAGAAAAAUUCGAGAAAUGAUAUUUUUUCUACAAAUUGUGAAAAAAUGUUAUUUCUCCAUUAAUAAAAAAAAAAAAAAAGAAAAUUAUAUAAAAGCGUCAGUAUUUGUUUUUGAUGGAAAGAGGAAAAAAAAAAGAUUGUUUAUAUUUUAUACGUGGAUGAAACGACAAGUUGCGUGAAUGCCGCGAGAGUUUAAUAAAAGAAAAUUUACGUAAAAAAAAAGAGAAACCAGAAAGAAUGUACUAUUUGACUAAUUGUAACAUUUCAUUAAUUAUACUAUUCUACGUAUUUAUUGAAUUGCACUUUGUUAAACAUACAAUGGAAAAAAAAACCACCUAAAACUUCGUAGCGACGCUUGUACAAAACAAAAGUUUUUUUUUUUUUCUUUAACGUUGUGUGUGAUCGAGCUGAGAAAAAAACGAAGAAACAGAAUGAAAAUGAAGACAAAAUGAAAAGAUCGUCAAUAACAAAUCUGUUCGCCUGUGACAAAUAAAAAAAAAAGAAAAAAAGUGAAACUUGGGACGGGAUUACAGAAAUCUGUCGUAUUCAUGAACAAAAAAAUUUGUAAUAAUGUCUCUUUCUUUAAAAAACAAAACAAAAAUACGACACAUUCUUAUAUAUAUAGGUAGAUGAUAAAAAAAUGAAAAAAAUAUUAGAAAGAAAACAUUCAAUUUUGACAUGAUUAUAUUUGAUAUAUCGAAUUUUUUCUCAACUAUAUCGAGAAAAGCAUUGUCCGGAGUAAGAAAAAAAUUGUUCAAUAAUUGAAUAUAUUGUUUACACGAUAGAAUUACUAACAAAUAAACAAACAAAAGAGCAACACUUUUUUCGAAAAGACUAUAUUAUACAUAUAUAUUUGUGUAGCAACCAUAUUAUUAUUAUUAUCACUCGUUUAUACAAGAAAAUAAAUAUUAUCUUGUUAAAUAUUUCUUUGACAAGUGCCGAGACAAAAAGAAAUAAAAAACACAUCACGAACAAUUGAUAAUUAUAGAUAAAAGAAAGCAAAAGAAAAGAAAAAAAAAAAAAAACAGAAUCAUAAAUAUUUAUUGUUUUCUUUUUGCAAAUUUUUAUUCAUUUGGAGAUGCUUUAUUGUUGCUAUUGCAAAAAAAGAAAAAAAAAAAAAAAAUGCGGUAUAGACUCACAAGAAAUCUUAUGCGAUUAAGAGACCACAAAACGCGAAAUUAUGAUUGCAUGUGCGAGAUAGCGAAUGAGAAAAUGUAUGUAUGAGAGAAAAAGAGUGAGAGAGAAAUAAAUUUAAAGGAAACUCGAAAAAUUGAAAGAAUUGUUUUUAAAAAAAAAAAAAUUGUGUAUGAGGAUUGAAUGAAUGAGAGAAUGAUUAUGAGACGAAAUAACGAAGCUAGUAUUCAUUUUGGGCUUUCGGAAACACUGAAGAAAAUAUAUAAAUUCCGGAUAAA